GCAUUUAAAUUAAAAAACAACUGUGUGUCGCGUUGUCACUUUUUUUGUAGCACAAACAAAAAAGAUUUUUCUGCAUUUUCUUAAAAAAUAUAUUGAAUUUUACUUAAAAAAAUGACAAAAAAUAAUGAAAAACAACAAAUGGAAGAGGUAGAAGUUAAAGUAAACAAAUGGGAUGCCACAGCAGUUAAACAUGCUCUCGAUGAUGCUGUCAAAAAUGCUUUAUUUGCCACCAGACCACAGUUGAAAGAACAAUUUGGUUUAAUCAAUACCCGCCUGGUACUCUGCACUUUAGCUGUGGGAGUAGCAGUUUUGGCCCAUGGCUGGGAUUUCACACAUCCAUUCCCUGAAUCGAAACCAGUGCUUAUGUUCUGUGUUGUCGCCUACUUUGUUUUAAUGGGCAUUUUAACACUGCACACUACAUUCCGUGAAAAGGGCACUUUUGCCGUGGCCGUUGAAAAGUCUUCGAAUGGCAGUCAGAAAAUUUGGGAGGCCAGCUCGGAUAUGAAGAAAUACGAUGAUAAAUACACCUUAGUGCUUUCGGUAAAAGAUUCCAAAUCUCUAAGAGAGGCUACUAGUGUAAAAUCUUGCGCUAAUUUCGUUGAUGCUAAUGGUAUUAUUGUUGAUAAAUUGAUUGCCAAUGAGGUGAAUCGUUUGUAUAACUCUCUGUCGGCUGAGAAGAAGGAAAAAUAGCUCGUUAUGAGUGAAAGCGAAGAAUUUUUAUUAGAGGAUGAGGAGGAAGCGAAUAAACAGGAGGUUAAUUUCAUCGCUAAUGCUAUUCCAAAUGCAUGUGUUUAAGUUAAUAAAUAAAAAGUCUUUUUAAAUUAGUUUUUCUGUAUUUAUUUCGUUAAUGUUGGAAGAAAAUUAAAAAUUAAAGAAAAUUUUGUGUUAAACAU